CCAACGACCAACUUCUUUUAUUACUUUCUACAAUGGAGUCGUUUCGUCUUAUUUAGAGAAUUGCAAGAGAGUAGACCGGUUUCACGAAUCUGCCGAGUGUCUCCCGACUUAUCCGCGCACGAUCGCCUCACGGUUUUACAUAAAUCCGGUAUCGAAUUGGAAUCGACUGAUCUUUGCGGAUCCAGCCGAUCGUCGCGCUGUUCGCUCGAAAUCGAAAUCUGGAACGGGGCCCGUGGAUUUGCAACAUUUCGAUGAUAAUGCGAGUAGCCGAGCGGGAUCGAUGGCUCGUCGAUCGGUCGGGAUAAUCGACGUUUUAAACGUAUUAACGUAAGUCGCGUACCGCCAGCUACCGGCGGACUAGGCAGAGUCGAAGCUGGAGAGGGGCACGUAGAUAGCACGUUACUCGUUCCUCGUUCUAUGCAGCUCGUUUGUCGUUCACCGGUAGUUGACGAUCGCGCACCAAGUCGUCGCUUUGGCCUGCGAAGGACGCGCGCGUCGAUCAAUCGUCCUCUCCACGACCGUCGACUGCACGAUAGCUCGCGAAUGUCAGCCGAUUCCGCGGUAUCGUGAACUUCCUCUCGUCAUGGGACAGUCUGCUGGCCGAUGAAUGGUGAACGAUGACAGUUUUGGCCCCUGGGGCCGAAUCAUCAUCAUCGUGGUGACAGCGUUGGCCAUCGUCGUCGUCUUGCUCGUGAUCGUCUGUUUCUUCACGCCGAGAUGUCCUGGGUACAAAUGCAUCAGGAAAAGAAAGAGAGAAGCAAAAAGUGUGCCGUUGCGUGUCAAGAGCAAGCAGAACGAAAACGUGAAAUUGAACGAUGUCAGCUACAGGUCAUGGAGAUUGGGCAGCCUCUACGAAGGCAGCAGCAAUGGUACGAUCAACGAGAACGCCAGCCCGACCGAAGGGAAUUCCUGGAAUUCCAGCAACGCUCAGUUCGCUUGCGCCGAUGCCUCGUCCACCCUGAACCUGGUGCAAAAAGAUAAGCAGAAGACGGAGAAGAAACAAAAGGAAUUCCCGACGGAAUUGACGAUAAGCUUGCAGUACCUGCCGCCCUGCGACGAGACCAUUACCGGCAAGCUCGUUAUCGGUGUCGAGGCGUUAUCCGGUCUCCCGCCGAAACAGUACAACUGCACCCUGGAGCCGUACGUGUCUCUGGCCAUCACCAAGCAAUCCUGGAGCACCAGGAAGCGUCGAAAGUUGCACAGCUUCCGGACCAGGGGCAUCAGACACACCGCCAGCCCCAUUUUCAAGGAGACGUUCGUGGUUGCCAACGUGAAACCGCACGAAGUUAAGGAAUGGAUUCUCGACUUCGCUGCUCACGAUCACGAUAGACAUGCUAAUGACACCGAGCUGUGCAGCUUCAAGGUGACGCUGAAGGAAGUGAAGCACGUUCUACAGAGCCCGGAAAUUCACAUGUUCAAUUUCAAAAUGAAACCCUCGAAUCUGGAGUUUGGCAACGUUUUAUUAGGUAUAAGCUAUUUACCUACAGCGCAGAGACUGACUAUAAACGUAAUGAAAGUACGUGACGUCAAGUUUACACCAACGGUGUCGAGUUUAAGCAACUUUUGUUUUUAUGUCAAGAUAUUGAUGCUGAAUGGGAGGACGGGUCAGCGAAUGAAGAAGAAAAAGACCAGACUCGUCGCUGCCAACUCGCAGUCCGAGUUUAACGAAACUCUCACCUUCGACGUAUCGUACAAUCAAUUAGACAUAGUGCAAUAUCUCGUGGUGCUGUGCAACAGAGCUGUACCCGUCGACGUUGCUACGAAUAACACUGAGCAUCCCAGCGACAGCGAGGAUUCGGUGACGUCGGUUCAGAAGUCUAAAGACGUUUUCAUAGGUAAAGUCGCGCUUGGAAAGGGUGUCAGGGGGGCGACGGAAAGGCUGCACUGGUUCUCUGUACUCCAAAAUCCCAGGAAACUGGUCACCGUGUGGCACGUGUUGAAGUAACAAUUGCAAUUUCGUGAAAAUUUCGUGGAAGAGAACGGGGAUAUAAGGGGUGGAUAAUUCAACGUCAUUGCUCAAACUGUCUAUAGCAAUCUUCGAUAUUUGGCAAAUCGUGUCGCGUGUUUAUCUUCAAAUAAUGUUGAACAGAUCUGUGUUUUGUAGUACAUACAGUCAGAGUUUACACGACACCUGGUUAUUGCAUUAUAUUUUUUCGUAAACAUUCCACUUUGGUAGAAGGUAGAGAGCGAUAUUCACGACACGGUUAAAUAGUGCCAUACAGUAGACGGGUAAAGUCUUCGAGAGUACGUAUUCGCGUCGUGGAGGCUCCUCGCUCGAUUGGUUUAUUCGAAAGUACCUGUACUUUGAAUUUCCUCUUCCUCUUUCGUCGAGUAAAAAUUUCUUGCGCUCGAGAUCUCGGUCUGUUCCAAAACGUAUGAAUUUUCAGUGGAGAUCUAUUGUUCCUGCUAGAUAUAGCAUAUUUUGGGCAAUAACGUUAAAUUGUACAAUUAUACGUAUACGUGAAUAAAGAAUAUAUAUUUAUUUUAUAAUUUAAUUACAUUUGCGUAUAAAA